AUGCAGGGCACCCAACUAACUACAGAAGAAAAUUCUCCUAGGCAGGGACCAACUAGACUACAGAAGAAGAAGUCUCCUAGGCAGGGACCAACUAGACUACAGAAGAAGAAGUCUCCUAGGCAGGGACCAACUAGACUACAGAAGAAGAAGUCUCCUAGGCAGGGACCAACUAGACUACAGAAGAAGAAGUCUCCUAGGCAGGGACCAACUAGACUACAGAAGAAGAAGUCCUCCUAUGCAAGGGACCAACUAGACCUACCGAAGAAGAAGUCUCCUAGGCAGGGACCAACUAGACUACAGAAGAAGAAGUCUCCUAGGCAGGGACCAACUAGACUACAGAAGAAGAAGAGGCCUGGAGGGGGUGCUAUUCAGCAUGAUAAAUGUGCUUUGCCAACAAUUGCUUGCAUGUUUGUUGUAAACGGGGUGAGUCAGAAGAACAGUCAAGUUUAGUAGACCUGAGGAUCACCGAUAACCUGAUCUGUGCCACUAACCCAGUUCCUUCAGCUGGCAGCUUGAAACUGUCAGGUCAACAUCGGUCGGUGUCAUAUUCAUUAGGAACCAAACAGAAUAAAAUGGAAUGAAACGGGGAGGGAUUUACCUGAACAUGUCCGAAACGUUUCUUUUCCGUUACAAAACGUUUUGUUACAUUUUAAAACUGUGCACUAGGCUAUGACCUGAGCUGUCUGAACAAAGACAUAAAAACAACCAACGGGAGCAACUUCUAUUCCAAAGAAGGCGAGACAGGUUUUGGCAAGCUCUGAACAAUGCCUAUGUUUUGAAUCUUAACUUGUAAGAACUGAAGCGUCGUUUUCCGUAGACGUAGGAUUACAGUUGUUCAUUGUUAGAUAUUACUGCACUGUCGGAGCUAGAAGCACAAGCAUUUCGCUACACCCGCUAUAACAUCUGCUAAACACGUGUAUGUGACAAAUGUAAAUACAAUUUGAUUUGAUUUGAUUUGAAACCGCCAACUUCAAACCUGAGAUGCGUUAUAAUAAUAAUAAUAAUAAUAAUAAUAUGCCAUUUAGCAGACGCUUUUAUCCAAAGCGAUUUACAGUCAUGCGUUCAGUUCGCAUGAACGUUUGCUACUUUGUGGAACGGUUUGUACUCGACACGUUCCCCCAAAACGUUAUUGUACAUUAUUAACUUUUGAAGUACGUUUUCUCCCGUUUGGUGGGUGUGGCGAGGUGUGUGGUUUGAAGCAAUGAGUGACGUGUUUAAAGAGCAGUGGCCAUGCUGACCAGCCAACGGCUGACAGCGUUACCCAACCACGCCCAGUUGUUGAAAUGGUCGUUCAGUGCAGCACCGUUUCGUGAACGUAAAAACGUACUGAACGCAGACCAGGAAAUGUACUUUGUCUACUGUCGACAGAAAUAAUGAAUAAAUUGUUGUCACAAGACUAACAUGUCAUUGCUUGGCUAAGCGCACCGCUCGCUUUGUACUGUGCACUCAUAGAGGUAUUGCUCUGACUGUAUUUCUGUAUGCUGACUGUAUUUCAUGUAGGGAAUGUCAAUUUAGUCAAAUGGAAUAAGAGUAGCCUAGAACUCGAUCCGAUCAAGGGGGGUUUGGGUGGGAUUACCAUACCAUACAAUAUUAGCGCUAGCCGGUAAAGCGUUUAACGUUUGUAACAAUAAUCAGCUGUUGCAGACUGAAUGUUACAAAUGUAGCGACAACACUUCGCUUACUGUAUCCGCUGAUCAGUUGAUCAUGUGUCUAGAGUUACAUUGUAACUGGCUUACUCACUCAUUCACUGAUGUUGGUACAUAAGCAGUUUCAAGGGAAGGGACGUUGUUACAACGUAGCAGCAGCCAGACAUAUGUGUGAGUAGCUGCGUGUAGAUGUUCGUCUUUCUGUGAAGUUUAGCCUACUGCUUUAUAAGGUAAAACGUGUAACAUAUGUCACCAGUUUCAGGGAAGGAGUUGUUGUUAUUCGUUAGAAAAGUGGAGAGUGUGUGUGGAUGAUCGUUGUGAGUAACCGAUUAUCAGUAUUAUCGCUUUGUGUUUUGUUAUCGUUCGUGUUUUUUACGACCCCACCAGUGUUUGUCUUCAGCAUAGGAGGUAAACAAAUCUAUUGGUUGAGCAAAAUGUUUUGAGGACUUCUCUAUGUCGAUAUAUAUAGGGCACUGGGUUGCAAAUGCAAAAAAAUACUUCCCGACAACUAAAUGAGUGUGAAAAGAGAGAAGGGGAAGUAGCCUACGAUACAUCAAACCGUAUUAAACUUCGUUCUCUAGUCUGGUGAAUUAGAUAUUAGUCAAGCCGGGGAGAAUAGUUGUAGCGAGUUUGUCAUUUAUUUUUCUAAGCAAUGUUUCGAUAUUGGAAGAAUGUAUACAGAAAAUACACACUGAAUAACGACCGAGGUAUAUGCAACUUUAACUUAAGACUUACGAAGAUGUUGUUAAUUGACAAACUUAUAAUCGACAUUUUUCCUUGUUUCAUCUACAGGCGCUAGAAUGGACAACACCGGGUAUUGCAACGAGAACUAUGAAAGUCUUCACAACGCGGCUAGCGAUGAUGAGUUGGUCGAUAUUGCUGGAGCCACGCUCGAUUUCUCCAACACCGAGGACGUGCCCCCUCUAGACCCAGAAUACGGUUCAGGUACGCGCCUACACUACCGGGGGGAGAGAACCAGACACUGAAAGAAUAGUGGAGAAGUCAUUGCUGUGCCUGUUUGUGAGUUACAACCGUUUGGAUUUUGAGUCUUCGUGAGUGGGGUUGAUUCAAGUCAUGACAGUUGGUUACAGAAACUACUUCGAUAAGCUAUCGCCCUCUUGCAGCACAACUGUAGGGUUCUUCAUUCAAGUCAUGCGGUAGUCUCAUUCAUCUCAAUUGACAGUAGCCUAACUCUGCCUGGAUACUGGUGAUUCUAUGACGAUGUCACAGCCCCUAUUUGAAACUUAGCUUCCUGUUUCUGUGGUCAGGCAAGGGCACAUAUUCAUAAAGCAUCUCACUCAGAGUACAUUUUACAUUUACAUUUUCGUCAUUUAGCAGAUGCUCUUAUCCAGAGCGACUUACAAAUUGGUGCAUUCACCUCAUGAUAGCCAGUGGGACAACCACUUUACAAUAUAUCAAUAUUGCUGAUCAGUGGACGGGGGGGACCUAACGUAGCAGGCGUAAAAUAAACACCUGGAACUAGACCCCCCACAUUCUGGGCUGCGUUAAGUAUGUUUUUGACUUUCUGUACAUUAAAUUGAACAGAAACGGUGCUGUACUGAACGACCAGUUGCAAAAACGGGGAUGGGGUUGGGGAAUGGUGUCCACAGGGCCACUGCACCAUAAAUACAAGCCACAUCUCGCCACACCCACCAAACGGGAGCAAAUGUUCCCCCAGUCUGUUCAAGAACGUACAAUAACUUUUUGGUAAACGUGUCAUUCAGCACGAACCGUUCUGCAACGUUCAGUUGAACUGAACGCACCCCUGGUCUAAAUGAGAAGAAUCUGUCGGGGGGGGAGGUGCUCUUCUGCACUGUUCAACCAAUCCAGUAAAUGUGGAGGAGGAGUUACAAUUGAGUGUUGCCUUGUUACCGUCCAAAAAAGCUUAAGUCACGUCACAGGUUCUCGUCCAUUUCCCCUGAAAAUGGUUGUUGUUGUGGAACCCGUAGAGGCUGCUGGGGGGAGACCUGAUCCCAGAUCAGCACUCCUACUCUGAGAGGCUUUGUGGAUACUUACCCAGGAGUCAGACUUUAACCCUUUCACCCCACUCUUUCACAGAGAAGCUUCUCCACCAUGUAGUAUUCUCUUCUGUGCUCACAUUAACCAUUAUUUUCUUCUGUCCUUAGUAUUUGGACAGUAGAAUAUAUUCCUUUCUCUCUGAGAUGUAAAUCACCAAUUUAAACUGCUCUUUAAACUUUAUACAUGUUGAGCUUAUUUCCCCUAUCACACACAUCCGUUCCGUGGUAAUUGUCAGUCAAUGAUUACACAAAGUCACAUUGUUACAAGACAAAGACUGAAUGUUGAUUUCCACAGGGUCAGGUGAGGGGGAAGGUUGGAUAGAGCGAGGGGUGGAGAGACGGGGAGAGAGAGGGAAACGAGGAGAGAGAGGGAAACGAGGAGAGAGAGGGAGACGAGGAGAGAGAGCGAGACGGGGGGGAGUGGAGAGAGAGACACGGGAUGAGACGAGAAGACGAGGGAAGUGACAGAGAGAGACGGGAGAGUGACAGAGAGAGACGGGGGAGUGAGACAGAGAGAGACGGGGGGGAGGAGACAGAGAGAGACGGGGGAGUGAGACAGAGAGAGACGGGGUGAGGAGAGGGUGGAGGAGACAGAGAGAGAGGGGGGAGUGAGACAGAGAGAGACGGGGGGAGUGAGGGAGAACAGGGGAGGAGAGAGAGAGCGGGGGGAGUGAGACAGAGGAGACGGGGGGAGCAGAGAGAGACGGGGGGAGUGAGAGACAGAGAGAGACGGGGGGAGUGAGAGACGGGGGAGAGAGUGAGAGAGAGACGGGGGGGGGAGAGGAGAGAGGAGGGGGAGAGAGACGGGGGAGUGAGACGCAGAGAGACGGGGGAAGUGAGACGGAGAGAGACGGGGGGAGAGAGACGGGUGGAGUGGAGAGAGUGGGGGAGAGAGAGACACGGAGAGAGACGGGGGGAGAGAGACGGAGAGAGAUGGGGGAGAGAGACUGAGAGAGACGGGGGGAGAGAGACGGGGAGCGAGACAGAGUCAGACAGAUGGAGGGGGAGUUCAAUGCAGUGCUUUUUCAAUUAAACUAAAUUCAACAUGCUUUGUUAUUGGCAUGACAAAAGUACAUUUUUGUAUUGCCAAAGCAGCAUGUUGAACUGUGAGAUUGUGGCCUGCUCCUUCCCCCCCUUCCUUCCACCCGCAGUACAGCAUGUCUUCCCUCUUACGACAUCUCUGACUGGAACCUACCUCAUUCCAUUUCAGUCCCUAGCCCCUUCUCAUGGUCCCUAGUAUCCCCUGAACGGUUGCAGAUAGAGGAAUGUUUAGCAACAGGGCUACAGGCUGUUACAGAAGGGUAAUGUAAAGUCAUCAUCACUACUCCUGCCCAGUCCUUAGAUCUGUGAACACUGAAUGUAAAGGGACUAGUCUACCAGGGAUACAAAUUAAACCAAGCCACCAGAGCCCCCCCCCCACGUCUCACUAGUGUCACAGCUCACAGGGUCACGCAGCCCAUGUCACACACAGCCAUUACGCAAAACCCCAGCCUUAACCUAUUAGAAGCUAUUUCCCAAGGCCACCAAGCCCCUUGGCCUAUCAGAAACUGUUUCCCAAGCCCCUCUCCCCGAACACACUUCCUAUACUAUGAGUACGUUUCUAGGAGUACGUUUUCCAGAGUAGGGAUGUUUCUCCCAGUUAGGAUUUAGCCAGAGUGUGGCUAGGUGGAUUCCCAGUGAGAUGGAUUGGGAGUACUGGGGACAGAAAGCGUGUGAGAACCUUUUGAUGGAAGAGGGUAAGAUUAAGAUAUGCUUGCUUGGGCCCCUAGCUUUGGCAUCUAGGUCAGUUGAGUUUAACAGUGAACUUUAGACGCUACUUCUCCAUUUUUUUUUUUUAGUUCCUCUGUUCUACUUGAAUGGAGUUGUAGAAAUGGCAGCUUAUUCAUCAGUCACAUGUUUUCCUAAAGUGGACACAGUGGACAAAUCACUAUUACAGUUAUUAUGACAUGGGAAGUGUCCCUAAUGGCAUCCGACCUCAUAUUUUGUGCACUACAUUUGACCGGAGCCCACUACACAGUGCGUUGCUACUAAAAGGGGAUACGGCGCCAUUUUGAGACGGACUUGAUCCUGUUUUGUGAGAGAGUGUGAAAUGAUCCUUUUUCUAACUAAAUCAGAUCUUACUGUCGUAUAGAAUAAUAGUUGUCUAAAAUAGUUGUUUCCUAUAAUAUUUGUCCUCAUAACAUAUAACUGCGUACUUGUAUUUUAUUAUGUCUUAUCAGUAGUGGUACAUGGAUUACAUUUUUACUACCGUUUACAAUCCAUUAUCCACCCAUCUCAAGUCGCGCGUGUGUGCGUGUGCGUGUGCGUGUGUGUGCGUGUGCGUGUGCGUGCGUGUGUGUGUGUGUGUGUGUGCGUGUGUGUGUGCGUGUGCGUGUGCGUGUGCGUGUGCGUGUGUGUGUGCGUGUGCGUGUGCGUGUGCGUGUGCGUGUGCGUGUGUGUGUGUGUGCAUUGUCUCAAUAUUGUGUUUGAAGGAGGUCCGGAGUCCAUGUGAGUCACUGCUAAGCUGUGUUUUAGGUUGUUGCAGUAAGAUUAUUUUAUUAUUUUAAACUUUCUCUUCAGUCAGCUGAUUAACCAGAUCAUAUAAUGCCAUACUGAGCUAACGUUAAAGAGGAGCUUCUGAGCUCUAUCAACUCAUUGGGGGCUGUUUCUCUCCGACACAGAUUUAAAAAGUACUUUCAAUGGAGAAUCUAUUGAGGCUAGGUUUAGUCUGUGUUGGGAAAACCAGCCCGUAGAGUUUCACUUCAAGUUAGAACCAUUAACACAAAAAAUGUGUCGUUUUUUAAGGUCGGCGCGUGUGUAUGCCCCAUCUGUGGCCCUGGUCGUUGCUGUGGUUAUCCUAUGACCUAGAUUUUGGGGUUCACAUAAGCCAUUUUUAAAACUGGGUUGGAGCAGGCUGCUUUCAUCCUGAUGUGAUGCAGGGUCUUCCGCUGGGUAGUCUGCUCUAUAUCUGGUGUGUCUGCAUGAAUGCAUGCAUGCGUGUGAUUUGAUGCCAUGUACUGGAGGUAAGUCUCUUCCUUCAGCUAACCUACUGUAAAGCGUGGCCUACUGUAUGUCUCUGCCAGUGUGUCCUCUGUAUAUAACUAGUUUAGAGUAGUACUUGAGUACUCCAUUCAAGGUUUGUAUUUGUUUACUAAUGAUCAAAUACAUGUACUUAAUUUACAAAUUAAACUAUUUAGCAGGUCACAUUUACAAGCACUGACAAAAUGUCAAACUCUUUUAAGGUGCCAACAAGCAGGCAGACAGAUGUGCUUUCUGUCUUAGAAGCCAGUCUGACGUGUCCUAUCAUCACCUGAGCUGUUUCAACCCCACAGUGACAAUAGAACCGCUGUGUGACAAUAGAACCGCUGUGUGACAAUAGAACCGCUGUGUGUGUCUACAGUGUGUAUCUUUGCAGUGUUGGCUGUUUCUAUCUCCACUCUGUUAGCUGCAGCCUCCCUGUCUUCAGUCACAUUGUGAGGCGUGAUCUGAUCAUAGAUAUGACAUGUUUUGCUUAUCUUUAUUGCAGUAGAAUUAGGUUCUAGCUUAGCUAUGUUCCUGAAGGUAAUGCAUAUGGAUAAUGUUGAGUCCUAUGCUAUGUAGUAGGCUAUGUGUUGAAAGUAAAUACAGCCUUCUUUCCACUAUAGGUUUAGAUUCAGUCCAGGGCCUGAAAACGUUCAAUAAAGUUUUGUUUAGAUUCAUAGACAGGAUGUAUAUAGACGAUUUAAAAAAAAUAGACCGUAAAAUUCUAUGUUGAAUUUGUCCCAAAUGGCACCCUAUGCCCUAUACAGUGCCAUCAGAAAGUAUUCAUACCCUUUGAAUUUUUCCACAUUUUGUUGAGUUACACCCUGAAUUCAAAAUAGGUGAGGAAAAAAUAUUUAAUCCAUCUCCACACAAUACCCCAUAAUGAAAGUGAAAACAUGUCUUUCUGGGUAAGUCUCUAAGAGCUUUGCACACAUGGAUUGUGCAAUAUUUGCACAUUAUUCUUAAAAAAAAUAUUCAUUUCUGUCAAGUUGGUUGUUGAUCAUUGCUAGACAGCCAUUUUCAAAUCUUGCCUUAGAUUUUCAAGCAGACUUAAGUCAAAACUGUAACUAGGCCACUCAGGAACAUUCAGUGUUGUCUUGGUAAGCAACGCAAGUGUAUAUUUGGCUUUGUGUUUUAGGCUAUUGUCCUACUGAAAGGUGGAUUUGUCUCCCAGUGUCUGUUGGAAAGCAGACUGAACCAGGUUUUCCUCUAGGAUUUUGCCUGUGUUUAGCUCUAUUCUGUUUCUUUUCAUCCUAAAAAACUCACUAGUCCUUGCCGAUGAUGAGCAUACCCAUAACAUGAUGCAGCCAUCACCAUGCUUGAAAAUAUGAGUGGUGGUACUCAGUGAUGUGUUGCGUUGGAUUUUCCCCAAACAUAAGGCUUUGUGUUCAGGACAUAAAGUUAAUUUAUUUGCCACAUUUUUUGCAGUGUUACUUUAGUGCCUUAUUGCAAACAGGAUGCAUGUUUUGGAAUAUUUUUUAUUCUGUGCAUGCUUCCUUAUUUUCACUCUGUCAUUUAGGUUAGUAUUGUGGAUUAACUACAAUGUUGUUGAUCCAUCCUCAGUUUUUUCCUAUUCAAUUCUGUAACUGUUUUAGGCCUCAUGGUGAAAUCCCUGAGCGGUUUCCUUCCUCUCCGGCAACUGAGUUAGGAAGGACGCUUAUAUCUUUGUAGUGACUGGGUGUAUUGAUACACCAUCCAAAGUGUAAUUAAUAACUUCACCAUGCUCAAAGGAAUGUCUGAAUUUCUGUUUUGUUUUUACCCAUCUAUCAAUAGGUGCCCUUCUUUGCGAGGCAUUGGAAAACCUCCCUGGUCUUUGAGGUUGUAUCUGUGUUUGAAAUUCACUGCUCGACUGAGGGACCUUUUACAGAUAAUUGUAUGUGUGGGGUACAUAGAUGAGGUAGUCAUUUAAAAAUCCUGUUAAACACUAUUAUUGAACACAGUGAGUCAACUUAUAUAUGUGACAUGUUAUGCUCCUGUUUACACCUGAACUGAUUUAGGCUUUCCAUAACAAAGGGGUUGAAUAUUUGACACAAGACGUUUCAACUGUUAAUUUUUUAUUAAUUUGUAAACAUUUCUAAAAACAUGAUUCCACUUUAUGGGGUAUUGUGUGUAGGCCAGUGACACAAAAUCUAAUUUUAAUCCAUUUUAAAUUCAGGAUAUAACGAACAAAAUUUGGAAAAGUCGAGGGGUGUGAAUACUUUCUGAAGGCACUGUAUAAUACACUACUUUUGACCAGAGCUCUAUGUAUGGGUCCUGGUCAAAAGUAGUGCACUAUUUAUGGAAUAGGGUGUCAUUUGGGAAACACUAUGACUUCCACUACCACUCUGAUGACUGACGACGAUGGCUGCGGGGUUGUUUCAGUGGAAUAACUCCAGUCUCAUUCACCAGGGACCGUAUUGUUUUGCACACAAAAAGCUGAAAUCGGGCUGCUUCCUGUGUCACUUCCUGUUGUCGUUAGAGAGAUGUUGAUUAGAGUUGUUGUUGAGGUGGUUAUUGUUGCGGGCGCUAACUCUGGCUGUGUCUGAAAUGGUACCUUAAUCCCCACAGGGCUGUGGUUAAAAGGAUUACACUACGUAGGGAGAAUACCCUUUUUGCUUCUGCUCUCCUCGCCUCCUUCUCAAAACCCAUUGGAGGAGAAGGUCAGAGGGGCGGGACCUCUGGCUUUCUCAUCCAAUGGGUUUUGAGAAAGAGACGAGGGGAGAGAAGAAAGACGGUCAGUACGCAAUUGAGAUUCUCCCAUGGGGAAAAGGGGUGCUAUGUGGGGCACAGCCUCUAUGGUUUGUAGAGCUUUUGUUGUGUCUUGGGAAAUGUGUCUAUGGUCAGUCACACAGAAAACGUUAUCUUAAUAAAGUAAUGUAUUGUAGUAUUGUUUACAAAGGCGUUAUCGAUAUUUCUCAGUGUCUCUACAAUACACAUUAUUUUCUACUGAUGUUCUUUCACAUUUUAUUUAGUUGGUAACAAUAGUGUAGCGGGUGAAGCAAACAGUUUCUCAAAGUGUGUGUGUUUGUGUGUGUGUUAACAUAACAUAUCCUUCUCUCUCUCUCUCUCUCCAAGGCCAUGACGGCUACGGUAAUACCGGCUACUCUAAUGGUAUGACCGGUAACGGGGCCGGUAGUUCCGGUAACGGUAACGGUAAGCUGAUGGACCUACUAGACGAGCCGGUACCGGGGGUAGGGACCUAUGAAGACUUCAACACCAUCGACUGGGUCAGAGAGAAGAGCAAGGACCGCGACCGCCACAGAGAGGUGGGAUCAUGGUCACAGCUUUCUCAAUCCAUCUUUCCUUGGUUCCUCGCAUCCAUCUUCUCACUUCCUUCUCAAAGCUCAUUGGAGAAGAAAGUCCAUGGCCCCUCCCUUCUGACCUUCUCCUCCAAUGAGUUUUGAGAAGGAGGCGAGGAGAGACGAUGAAUUGAGGAAGAGACCUUUUUUACAUUUUUUAUUUAAACUUAAUUUUACCAGGUUAGUCUCACUGAGAUUACAAUCUAUUUUACAGGAGAGACAUGGCCAAUAUAGCAGCGCACAAACGUUUGACACAUUUACAACACAAAACACCAAACAGUUAUAAAAACAUCAAUGUUAAGAUGCUUUGGGACGGUGUGGUGCAUCAAGGUGAAAACAUUGACCACCAUAGUUUUAACCCUAGCUAUAAACUCAUUCGAAGAGACAAGCUGUCAUUUAAUGUCCUUUUUGUAGUUCAUUCCAAGUGGAAGGGGCAGAGAACUGGAGCGCUUUUUUAUUUUUAUUUUUUUUAUCCAGCUCCGCACGGGAAAUAGACACAGUCAACAAAACGCACAGGUGAUAGUUGUCAUUUUGUCCACUGGACAAUGGAAGCUGUCUCAGUAUGGCCUUAAUGAAUGGAAAUGUCUUUGUCUUCUAAGAGCUAAGGAAGGCCGUUGUCAUGGUCACUACAGUAACAGAAGCUGACCUAAGAGGUGAUAGGCUAAACUACAAGGCCUUUCCAUAAGAGAAGAAUGAAAACUGACUCCCUCUCUUCUCCAGAUCACCAGUAAGAGUGAGCAGUCUACCUGGGCCCUGCUUCAUAGUAUCUGCGAUGCCUUCUCUGGCUGGCUGCUCAUGCUGCUCAUAGGACUCAUGUCAGGUGCGUGCGUGCGUGCGUGCGUGUGUGUGUGUGUGUGAGACUCUCUCCAUCUUCCUAUCACUCAUCCUUUACAGUAGAAUAUUCCUCUUUGUUCCUCUGUCUCUUUCUCCAACUCUAUCGCCUCUUUCAUCUCUUUCAUCUCUCUCUCUCUCUCUCUCUCUCUCUCUCUCUCUCUCUCUCUCUCUCUCUCUCUCUCCCUAUGCAUAUACCUCCUCGCUCUCCUCUCUCUCCUCUCUCCCCUCUCUCUCUCUUCUCCCCCCAGGUGCUCUAGCGGGCUUGAUAGACAUCUCGGCCCACUGGUUAACAGACCUGAAGGAAGGUGUGUGUCUAUCUAGGUUCUGGUUCAACCAUGAACACUGCUGCUGGGGUUCUAACCAAACCACCUUUCAGGAGAGAGACAAAUGUCCACAGUGGCAGAGCUGGGCUGAACUACUGGCUGGUAGCUCAGAGGUGAGGAGGGGGAAGUGUGUGUGUGUGUGUAAGCAUGUGUAGAUCAUUGAAAAAUAACUAACUUCCCAGUUUGGGUUUAUAAUUUUUGCAUUAUGCAAUUCAUCUAUUUUUUACUUAAUACUUUUUAUUUUCUUAAACUGCAUUGUUGGUUAAGGGCUUGUAAGUAAGCAUUUCACUGUAACGUCUACACCUGUUGUAUUCGGGGGCAUGUGGCAAAUAAAAAUUGAUUUGACGUGACCAUGGCUAUGUACAUUUUCAGUAGGGUGUGAGCUCCCUCUGGUGGUUGACGAGAAACAUGACUUGGUGUUUAUCUACUCAUGGUGACCAGACUACAGUAAUAAUCAAUAGUUGCAGUUCUGACCCUGUCCUCCUCCUGUGUAUCCUGUAGGGGGCGGCAGCGUACAUAGUCAACUACCUGAUGUUCACGGUGUGUGCUCUACUGUUCUCUUUCCUGGCUGUCAUUCUGGUCCGGGCCUUCGCACCUUAUGCCUGUGGAUCAGGAAUACCAGAGGUGAACACACACACACACACACACAGAUACUUGCACACAGAACACAGACACGGUAUACACACGCAGCCUUUAGCUCAGUGGGCUAACUGAACCGGUUUUGGGUCACACAGACACUCUCAGACAUGCUCAGACAUGUCGAAAGUGUUACAAAAGACUAAAGCUUUUGCCUUUUAAAAAAUACGUGUUUAUUGUCACUCCUAGCCUUCAUUUCCACCUUUUUCAGUCUCAUCGAAUUGCAUCCAGUUCUAUUUAACCCUUAGAAACCCAGACCCAGUUUUCUUUGCGUAAAAAAAAUAAAAAAAACCUUAUUCUAAAAUGGAUAAAAAUAUAUUUUUUCCUCAUCAAUCUAUACACAAUAGCCCAUAAUGACAAAGCAAAAACAGUUUUUUAGAAAUGUUGGCAAAUGUAUUAAAAAUAAUAAGCAGAUACCUUAUUUACAUAAGUAUUCAGACCCUUUGCUAUGAGACUCGAAAUUGAGCUCCGGUGCAUCCUGUUUCCAUUGAUCAUCCUUGAGAUGUUUCUACAACUUGAUUGGAGUCCACCUGUGGUAAAUUCAAUUGAUUGGACAUUGGAUUGGAAAGGCACACACCUGUCUAUAUAAGGUCCCACAGUUGACAGUUGAUGUCGAGAAAAACCAAGCCAUGAGGUCGAAGGAAUUGUCUGUAGAGCUCCGAGACAGGAUUGUGUCGAGGCACAGAUCUGGGGAAGGGUACCAAAACAUUUCUGCAGCCUCCAUCAUUCUUAAAGGGAAGAAGUUUAGAACCACCAAGACUCUUCCUAGAGCUGGCCGCCCGGUCAAACUGAGCAAUCGGGGGAGAAUGGCGGUGACCAAAAACCCGAUGGUCACUCUGACAGAGCUCCAGAGUUCCUCUGUGGAGAUGGAACAGCCUUCCAGAAGGACAACCAUCUCUGCAGCACUCCACCAAUCAGGCCUUUAUGGUAGAGUGGCCAGACGGAAGCCACUCCUCAGUAAAAGGCACAUGACAGCCCGCUUGGAGUUUGCCAAAAGGCACCUAAAGGACUCUCAGACCAUGAGAAAACAAGAUGCUCUGGGCUGAUGAAACCAAGAUUGAACUCUUUGGCCUGAAUGCCAAGCAUCACGUCUGGAGGAAACCUGGCACCAUCCCUACAGUGAAGCAUGGUGGUGGCAGCAUCAUGCUGUGGGGAUGUUUUUCAGAGGCAGGGACUGGGAGACUAGUCAGGAUUGAGGGAAAGAUGAACGGAGCAAAGUACAGAGAGAUCCUUGAUGAAAACCUGCUCCAGAGCGCUCAAGACCUCAGACUGGGGCGAAGGUUCACCUUCCAACAGGACAACGACCCUAAGCUCACAGCCAAGACAACGCAGGAGUGGCUUCGGGACAAGUGUCUGAAUGUCCUUGAGUGGCCCAGCCAGAGCCUGGACUUGAACCCGAUCGAACAUCUCUGGAAAGACCUGAAAAUAACUGUGCAGUGACGCUCCCCAUCCAACCUGACAGAGCUUGAGAGGAUCUUCAGAGAAGAAUGGGAGAAACUCCCCAAAUACAGGUGUGCCAGACUUGUAGCGUCAUACCCAAGACAACUCUAGGCUGUAAUCGCUGCCAAAGGUGAUUCAACUAAGUACUGAGUAAAGGGUCUGAAUACUUAUGUAAAUCUUAUAUUUCAGUUUUAUUUGAUUUUAUAUACAUUUGCAAACUUUUCUAAAAACCUGUUUUUGCUUUGUCAUUAUGGGGUGUCGUGUGUAGAUUGUUGAGGGGGAAAAACGAUUUAAUAAAUUUUAGUGUAAGGCUGUAACGUAACCCAGUUAAGCAGAGCGGGGACUGAAUACUUUCUGAACGCGUCUCGUACGUAACCGACUUUGAAGUGAAAAAUGAAUAUUUCUCUUUGAAAAUUUACUCCGGUGUCUCUAGACAUCGUAUGAGCAUUUAGCAUGCAUUGAAUUUCAGAAACUCACAUUUUUGACAACGUACGAGACCAUUCGGAGGAGCAGAAUGUACGUUGUUUUAUUUUUUGAGACACCAUUUUUGUGAACACUACCAGGUAAAGCCACACCCUGAUCACUCUCGUCUGUAUUUCUGAGAAAACAAAUAUCUCCUAUUCUCUAUGAAGUCCACUGCUUUUUGACCAGCGCCCCGGUAAGUAAGACACUAUGUAGGGAAUAGGGUGCCAUUUGGGAUGCGGACAGUUUUGUUUUGGAGUGAAGACCAUGUCUGUGUUAUUGGGGUUGUCACUGACCUGUAUUGUCCUUCGAAAUGGGGCUAAAACACUUUCAGCUGUAGCCACAACUACUCACACACACACAGACACAGACACAGACACAGACACAGACACAGACACACACACACACACACACACACACAGACACAGACACACACACACACACACACAGACACAGACACAGACACACACAGACACAGACACACACAGACACACACACACACACACACACACAAACACACACAAUCUCACACAAUCUCACACACACAGACAAUGUGCUUAAAAUGAAAACGACUGCAUUUUUAUUUCCCUCAUGUGAGGAGAUAUUGGGGCAAAUUGUCACAAAGCAAAACAAGGUAACAACAUUGUGAAAGUUUGUCAAAGGUCCCACAUUCAAGGGAGAGGUUUAAAACCAUCAUUGACACAUUGGUAUUGUUUUGCAACAACCACACCAUCUAAAAUAGAUGACUACAUUUACAUCUCUCAGCGUUAUGAAGUUAGCAUGUUUUUGUUCUACAAACGGUCUGGUUGUGCUUUUGGUGAGUGUGUUGUUAGUUUGGGUUGUGUUUAAUUAGGCAGAAAACGGACUGAAACAAGGACAUGGAUGUGUCCAAUAAUAAACUUGUUGUUUUCAUUUUUCGCUGCAAAAUGAUUUGCUACGUGGUGCCCUAAUGAACUUGAACCAAAUGUCCUUGCUUCAUUGCUUCUACAGAAGCCUCACUCUGUUUUUCCAUAACAGACCCUAACCCCCUCUCCCCUCCUGUGUUUCCCCAGAUAAAGACCAUCCUCUCUGGGUUCAUCAUUAGAGGCUACCUGGGGAAAUGGACCCUAAUCAUCAAGACAAUUACCCUGGUCCUGGCUGUCUCUUCUGGUACUGCUCGCUCUCUCUCUCUCUCUCUCUCUCUCUCGCUCUCUGUCGCUCUCUCUUUCGCUCUCUGUCGCUCUCGCUCUCUCUCUCGCUCCCUCUCUCUCGCUCUCUGUCUCGCUCCCUCUCUCGCUCUCUGUCGCUCUCUGUCGCUCUCUCUCGCUCUCUCUCGCUCUCUCUCUCGACUCUAUUUCUCUCUUUCUCGCUCUCUUUAGCUCUCGCUCUAUUUCUCGCUCUGUCGCUCUUUCUCUCGCUCUCUGUCGCUCUCUCUGUCGCUCUCGCUCUCUGUCGCUCUCUCUCUCGCUCUAUUUCUCUCUCUGUCGCUCUCUCUCUCUCGCUCUCUGUCGCUCUCUCUCUCGCUCUAUUUCUCUCUCUGUCGCUCUCUCUCUGAACAGUAAACAUUACACUCACAAAAGUGUACAGUGUUGUAACAAUGCGCAAGUAGUUGAAGUAUGAAAGGGAAAAUAAAUAAACGUAAAUAUGGGUUGUAUUUACAAUGUUUGUGCAGCACUGGUUGGCCUUUGUUUAUGGCAACUAUCUCUCUCCCUCUCUCUCGCUAUGAACUGUAAAUAAACACCGACUUGUCUUUCUGUCUCUACAGGUCUCAGUCUUGGCAAGGAAGGUCCCCUGGUCCAUGUAGCCUGUUGCUGUGCCAACAUCCUCUGUCACCUGUUCACCAAGUACCGACAGAACGAAGCGAAACGGCGAGAGGUUAGAGAAGAGAGGAACGAUUUAGUUUGAAUCAGUAGAGAUGAAAUAGAUACUUAAUUGUCCAUUUUGUUAGGAUCAUGGUUGCAUCUCAUUAUUGUGGCAGAGGCCCUCCUCUCAUCGUCAAAUUUCCUUCAUCUGCGUCUUUUGUCUUAGUGUAUACUGAUCUACCCUUCUGUCCCAGGUGUUGUCUGCAGCCGCAGCAGUGGGCGUGUCUGUGGCCUUUGGAGCUCCUAUAGGAGGAGUGCUCUUCAGCCUGGAGGAGGUAAGGGAACUCUUCACCUGAAUAAUGAAAGUAAAACAUUCAGGUAUAAACCCGGAGAUUUCACCAAUGGUACUUUUUGUUCACCAAUGUUAAUGUUGCGCUAUAAAAUUGUAAGUAGGAGACUUGAAGAAAGAGAUACUACUACAUGUACAUGAAACUAGUCCUUUUGACUGGUGAACGAGACUUACAGAACUUCUCCCCCUGUCCCCCUCUCUUCUCCCCCUGUCCCCCUCUCUUCUCCCCCUGUCCCCCUCUCUUCUCCCCCUGUCCCCCUCUCUCUCCCCUUCCCCCUCUCUUCUCCCCCUGUCCCCCUCUCUUCUCCCCCUGUCCCCCUCUCUUCUCCCCCUGUCCCCCUCUCUUCUCCCCUGUCCCCCUCUCUUCUCCCCUGUCCCCCCUCUCUUCUCCCCCCUGUCCCCCUCUCUUCUCCCCUGUCCCCCUCUCUUCUCCCCCUGUCCCCCUCUCUUCUCUUCCCCUUUCUCCCCCUUCCCCUCUUCUCUUCCUCUUUCCCCCCUCUUCUCCUCCUUCCCCUCUCUUCUCUCCUGUCCCCCUCUCUUCUCUCCUGUCCCCCCUCUCUCUCUCCCUUUCCCCCUCUCUUCUCUCCUGUCCCCCCUCUCUUCUCCCCUGUCCCCCUCUCUUCUCCCCCUGUCCCCCUCUCUUCUCCCCCUGUCCCCCUCUCUUCUCUCCUGUCCCCCUCUCUUCUCCCCCUGUCCCCCUCUCUUCUCCCCUGUCCCCCCUCUCUUCUUUUCCCUGUCCCCCUCUCUUCUCCUCCUGUCCCCUCCCCCUCUCUUCUCCUCCCCUGUUUCCCCCCUCUCUUCUCCUCCUGUCCCCCUCUCUUCUCUCCCUGUCCCCCUCUCUUCUCCCUCCUCUCCUGUCCCCCUCUCUUCUCCUCCUGUCCCCCUCUCUUCUCUCCUGUCCCCCUCUCUUCUCUCCUUCCCCCUCUCUUCUCUCCUUCCCCUCUUUCCCCCUUCCCCCUCUCUUCUCUCCUUCCCCCUCCUUCCUCCCCUGUCCCCCUCUCUUCUUCCCCCCUGUCCCCUCUCUUCUCUCCUGUCCCCCUCUCUUCUCUCCCCCCUGCCCUCUCUUCCCCCCUGUCCCCCUCUCUUCUCUCCUUCCCCCUCUUCUUCUCCCCCUGUCCCCCUCUCUUCUCCUCCUUCCCCCUCCUCUCCUCCCUCUCCCCCUCUCUUCUUUUCCCCUGUCCCCCCUCUCUUCUCCCCCUGUCCCCCUCUCUUUCUCCCCCCUUCCCCCUCUCUUCUCCCCCUGUCCCUCUCUCUUUCCCCUCUGAUACCCUGUGGAGGUCGUUCUUCGCUGCGUUGGUGGCAGCCUUCACUCUCCGCUCCAUCAACCCGUUUGGCAACAGCCGACUGGUGUUGUUCUACGUGGAGUUCCACACCCCCUGGCACAUGGUGGAGCUGGUCCCCUUUAUCCUCCUGGGUGUCUUCGGUGGCCUCUGGGGGGCGCUCUUCAUCAGGGCUAAUAUCGCCUGGUGCAGAAGACGUGAGUGGGAGGGAGGGAGGGAGGGAGGGGGGGUGGAGGGAGAGACGGGGAGGAGGGAGGGAGAGAGUGGAGAGGGGGAGGGAGAGACUUCUUUACUUAUAACUAAUGACCCUCUGUUUCUCUCCUGUUCCCGUUUUGAUUGACUAACUGAGUGAAUGGUUUAUUCAUUGAUUAACACAAUGAUGGACUGAUUAACUAACUGAUUGACUUCCUCCUCUCCCCAGGUAAGACCACUCGUCUGGGCCACUACCCGGUGCUGGAGGUCUUGGUGGUAACUGGAAUCACAGCCCUCCUCUCCUUCCCUAACAGUUACACCAGGAUGAGUGGGUCAGAACUGAUCUCAGAACUGUUUAAUGACUGUUCUCUACUGGACUCCUCACAGCUGUGUGAAUACAACAGCUCUGAGAACAGGUACUAACUGGGGGGUGGAGUGUGUGUUUAAAUGUUGUCAACUAAAAUGUACUUACUAUUUCAUUCCUUCAGGUCUGACUCAGGGGUGUUUAGUGCCACCCUCGCUGAUAGGGCGUUCAGUAACACACUCCCUGAUAGGCCAGCUGGACCAGGGGUGUACACAGCACUAUGGCAACUGGCACUGGCCCUCUUCUUCAAGAUGCUGGUCACCGUGGUUACCUUCGGCAUGAAGGUAGGUGGAGGGUUGUAUUAUUAUUAUUUUUACCUAUUUUUGAUCUAACAAUUGUGAUCUUUUUUUGAUAAAUAUUCUCUUAUCACCUUGUCCGAGCCAGAACGGCCCAUAGGGCAGGAGCCUGUCUCCUGUUUCUGUAGUGUGAGACAGCUUGAUGUACAGUACACCCCCUGGACAGGACACUAGUCUAUCUCCUGUUUCUGUAGUGAGGCAGCUUGAUGUACAAGUACACCCCCUGGACAGGACACUAGUCUAUCUCCUGUUUCUGUAGUGAGGCAGCUUGAUGUACAGUACACCCCUGGACAGGACACUAGUCUAUCUCCUGUUUCUGUAGUGAGGCAGCUUGAUGUACAAGUACACCCCUGGACAGGACACUAGUCUAUCUCUGUUUCUGUAGUGAGGCAGCUGAUGUACACAGUACACCCCCGGACAGGACGCUAGUCUAUCCCUGUUCUGUAGUGUGAGACAGCUUGAUGUACAGGACACCCCCUGACAGGACACUAGUUACAUCCUGUUCUGUAGUGAGAGCUCGAUGUAACAGACCCUGACAGAACUAGUUUAUCUACUGUUUCUGUAGUGAGGCACUGAGUCCAGUACACCCCGUGGACAGGACACUAGUCUAAUCCAUGUAUACUGGUGGUGAGGCGCUGAUGUACAAGUACACCCCUGAAGGACACUAGUCUAUCUAUUUUUCCUGUAGCGUCUGAUGUACAGUCACCCCCUGGACGGACUAGUCUAUCUACCCUGUUCUGUAGUGAGGCAGCUUGAUACAAGUACACCCCCUGGACAGGACACUAGUCUAUCUCGUUUGAGUGGGCGUUGUGUACAGACAACCCUGGCACGACACUAGUCCACUCCUGUCUUCAUGAGCAGCUUGAUGUACAGUACCCUCCUGGACAGGUACGUGAGUUAUCUCCUGUUUCUGUGUGUAGACGCUUGAUUUACGGACACCCCUGACGACAUGUUAUCUUGUUUCUGUAGAUGAGGCUAGCUUGUACAAGUCCAACCCCUGGCAGGACCUAGUCUUUCCUGUUUCUGUAGUGAGACAGCUGAUGUACAGUACACCCCCUGGACAGGACACUAGUCUAUCUCCUGUUUCUGUAGUGAGGCAGCUUGAUGUACAAGUACACCCCUGGACAGGACACUAGUCUAUCUCCUGUUUCUGUAGUGAGGCAGCUUGAUGUACAAGUACACCCCCUGGACAGGACGCUAGUCUAUCUCCUGUUUCUGUAGUGAGGCAGCUUGAUGUACCAGUACCACCCCCUGGACAGGACACUAGUCUAUCUCCUGUUUCUGUAGUGAGGCAGCUUGAUGUACAAGUACAACCCCCCUGGACAGGACACUAGUCUAUCUCCUGUUUCUGUAGUGAGGCAGCUUGAUGUACAAGUACACCCCCUGGACAGGACACUAGUCUAUCUCCUGUUUCUGUAGUGAGGCAGCUUGAUGUACCAGUACACCCCCUGGACAGGACACUAGUCUAUCUCCUGUUUCUGUAGUGAGGCAGCUUGAUGUACAGUACACCCCCUGGACGGACACAUACUCUGUUCGUAGUGAGCAUUAAAGUACACCCCCUGGACAGGACAUAGUCUAUCUCCUGUUUCUGUAGUGAGGCAGCUUGAUGUACAAGUACACCCCCUGACAGGACCUGUUUUCCUGUAGUGAGGCAGCUUGAUGUACAGUACACCCCCUGGACAGGACGCUAGUAACAGCAAGAAGGACAAUCAAUAUUUGAAAAUUGGUUACACGCUCAUCCACUCCCUCCUUCCUCCCUCCAUCUCUCCAGGUCCCCUCCGGGCUCUUCAUCCCCAGUAUGGCUGUAGGGGCGAUAGCAGGCAGACUACUGGGAGUUGCCAUGGAACAGAUGGCGUUAAACCAUCACGACUGGAUCAUCUUCAAGGGCUGGUGUUCUCCAGGGGCGGACUGUAUCACACCAGGGCUCUACGCUAUGGUGGGGGCGGCUGCAUGUCUUGGUGAGGAGGUCACUAGAAUACUAUGGUGGGGGGCUGCAUGUCUGGGUGAGGAGGUCACUAGAAUACUAUGGUGGGGGGGCUGCAUGUCUGGGUGAGGAGGUCCACUAGAAUACUAUGGUGGGGGGCGGCUGCAUGUCUUGGUGAGGAGGUCACUAGAAUACUAUGGUGGGGGGCGGCUGCAUGUCUGGGUGAGGGGGUCACUAGAAUACUAUGGUGGGGGCGGCUGCAUGUCUGGGUGAGGAGGUCACUAGAAUACUAUGGUGGGGGCGGCUGCAUGUCUUGGUGAGGAGGUCACUAGAAUACUAUGGUGGGGGGCGGCUGCAUGUCUGGGUGAGGAGGUCACUAGAAUACUAUGGUGGGGGGCGGCUGCAUGUCUGGGUGAGGAGGUCACUAGAAUACUAUGGUGGGGGGCGGCUGCAUGUCUGGGUGAGGAGGUCCACUAGAAUACUAUGGUGGGGGCGGCUGCAUGUCUGGGUGAGGAGGUCACUAGAAUACUAUGGUGGGGGCGGCUGCAUGUCUGGGUGAGGGGGUCACUAGAAUACUAUUGUGGGGGCGGCUGCAUGUCUGGGUGAGGAGGGUCACUAGAAUACUAUGGUGGGGGGGCUGCAUGUCUGGGUUGAGGAGGUCACUAAGAAUACUAUGUGGGGGGCUGCAUGUCUGGGUGAGGGGGUCACUAGAAUACUAUGGUUGGGGGGGCUGCAGUGCUGGGUGAGGAGGUCACUAGAAAACUAGGUGGGGGGGGCUGCCUUUGGUGGGAGGGCACUAGAAUACUAGGUGGGGCGGCUGCAUGUCUGGGGGAGGAGGUCACUAGGGCACCAUGAUGGGGGGAAACCGUUUUAGGGGAUAGGGUUUGGGUUGGGGUAGGGUUGGGGUUAGGGUUAGGGGUAGGGGUUUUGGGGUGGCGUUAGGGUAGGGGGUUUGGGAUAUGGGAAGGGUUGGGAUGGGGUUGGGUGGGAUGGGGGGAGGGAUGUUUUGGGGGGGGAAGGUAUGGGGGUUGGGUGUCUGGGGGUUGGGUGUUGGGGUUUGGGGGGUCUGGGGGUUGGGUUGGGUUGGGGGGGUUGGGUGGGUUGGGGUGGGGUUGGUCUGGGGUUUGGGGGUUGGGUCGGGGGGGUUUGGGGGUUGUGGGUUUUGGGGGGGGGGUUGGUGGUCUGGGGUUGGUUUGGGGUUGGGGUGGGGCCCGGGCUCCUCUCUCGGGGUUCGGGUCGGGGGUUCGUUUUGGGUAAGAUAGUGUAAGAGGAUGGUUGCUCUCCAGGGUGUGAUUGUAUCACCCCAGGGCUAUAUGCCUAUGAUGGGGUUGCUUUAGGUUCUGGGUGAGGAGGUCACUAGGGUCACCAAUGAUGGGUAGGGGACAAACAGUGUUAGGAGGGAUAGGGGGUUAGAGGGGUAUAGGGGGAUAGGGUCUAGGUGUUAGGGGAUAGGCGUUAGGGUAUAGGCGUUUAGGGAUAGAGGGUAGGGUCGUUAUGGGGAUAGGAUCGGGGGGUUAUGGGGUUAAGGGGGUAGGGAUAGGGGUUAGGGUUAGGUUAGGUAAGGUUUUGGGGGUAGGGAUAGGGUGUUAGGGGGAUAGGGGUUAGGGAUAGGGGUUAGGGGUUAGGGAUAGGGGAUAGGGGUUAGGUAUAGGUAUAGGGGAUAGGUAUAUCAAAUCAAAUCAAAUCAAAUUUUAUUGGUCACAUUGCGCCGAAUACAAACAGGUGCAGACAUUACAGUGAAAUGCUUACUUACAGCCCUUAACCAACAGUGCAUUUAUUUUAAAACAAAAAGUAAGAAUAAAAACAACAACAAAAAAGUGUUGAGAAAAAAAGAGCAGAAGUAAAUAAAGUGACAGUAGGGAGGCUAUAUAUACAGUAAAAUAAAGUGACAGUAGGGAGGCUAUAUAUACAGGGGGGUACCGUUGCAUAGUCAAUGUGCGGGGGCACCGGCUAGUUGAGGUAGUUGAGGUAAUAUGUACAUGUGGGUAGAGUUAAAGUGACUAUGCAUAAAUACUUAACAGAGUAGCAGCAGCGUAAAAAGGAUGGGGUGGGGGGGCAGUGCAAAUAGUCCGGGUAGCCAUGAUUAGCUGUUCAGGAGUCUUAUGGCUUGGGGGUAGAAGCUGUUGAGAAGUCUUUUGGACCUAGACUUGGCACUCCGGUACCGCUUGCCGUGCGGUAGCAGAGAGAACAGUCUAUGACUAGGGUGGCUGGAGUCUUUGACAAUUUUGAGGGCCUUCCUCUGACACCGCCUGGUAUAGAGGUCCUGGAUGGCAGGGAGCUUUGCCCCAGUGAUGUACUGGGCCGUACGCACUACCCUCUGUAGUGCCUUGCGGUCAGAGGCCAAGCAGUUGCCAUACCAGGCGGUGAUGCAACCAGUCAGGAUGCUCUCGAUGGUGCAGCUGUAGAAUUUUUUGAGGAUCUGAGGACCCAUGCCAAAUCUUUUUAGUCUCCUGAGGGGGGAAUAGGCUUUGUCGUGCCCUCUUCACGACUGUCUUGGUGUGUUUGGACCAUGAUAGUUCGUUGGUGAUGUGGACACCAAGGAACUUGAAGCUCUCAACCUGUUCCACUACAGCCCCGUCGAUGAGAAUGGGGGCGUGCUCAGUCCUCUUUUUUUUCCUGUAGUCCACAAUCAUCUCCUUUGUCUUGGUCACGUUGAGGGAGAGGUUGUUGUCCUGGCACCACACGGCCAGAUCUCUGACCUCCUCCCUAUAGGCUGUCUCAUCGUUGUCGGUGAUCAGGCCUACCACUGUUGUGUCGUCGGCAAACUUAAUGAUGGUGUUGGAGUCGUGCCUGGCCAUGCAGUCAUGGGUGAACAGAGAGUACAGGAGGGGACUGAGCACGCACCCCUGAGGGGCCCCCGUGUAGGGGUUAGGGAUAGGGGUUAGGUAUAGGUGUAAGGAUAGUGUAAGAGGAUGUUGCUCUCCAGGGGUGGAUUGUAUCACCCCAGGGCUAUAUGCUAUGGUGGGGUUGCUUUAUGUCUGGGUGAGUCUGGGGUUAGACCUGAUGAUUUGAAAAGUACUUUAUAUAUUUCAUUUAAAAAAACAAGUAGGACCAAGGCACUCUUCAUAUAAUUAAAAUGCCUUUUAUUUUUAUGGCAUGUUCAAUGGAACAAAGAUUUUUAAACUGAUGUGUUUUGGCAGCAUGGUCUUGUUCUUGAUUAAGGUUUGGGCUAAUGGUCCAGGGUAAUGUUAUGGAAGGGUUUAUCUUAGUGGUUCAAAUCACACCUUUUCUUUAGUGUUCCUUUUUAGUAUGUAGUAGUCAGAAGAAGUGUCUUUUUAGCAACUUGUCCUAUCAACCCUAAGAUAAAUGUGAAUGGUUUAAUUAAUUAUGUCCCAUCCCUCUCUCCCUCUUUCAUUCUCUCUCCCUCACCGUCUCCCUCUUUCAUUCUCUCUCUCCCUCACCGUCUCCCUCUCUCCCUCACCGUCUCCCUCUUUCAUUCUCUCUCCCUCACCGUCUCCCUCUUUCAUUCUCUCUCCCUCACCGUCUCCCUCUCUCCCUCACCGUCUCCCUCUUUCAUUCUCUCUCCCUCACCGUCUCCCUCUCUCCCUCUUUCAUUCUCUCUCCCUCACCGUCUCCCUCUCUCCCUCUUUCAUUCUCUCUCCCUCUUUCAUGCUCUCUCCCUCACCGUCUCCCUCUCUCCAGGUGGUGUGACGCGUAUGACCAUAUCUCUGGUGGUCAUCAUGUUUGAGCUGACGGGCGGUCUGGAGUACAUCGUUCCUCUGAUGGCCGCGAUCAUGACCUCGAAGUGGGUAGCGGACGCAUUGGGGCGGGAGGGGAUCUACGAAGCCCACAUUAGACUCAACGGUUACCCCUUCCUUGAGACCAAAGAGGAGUAUGGACACAAGGUGCAUAUUUUUAUUCAUUUAUUUGUCAGGAAGCAUGAAUAACAGACAAGAUUCUUGCUGCUAAUUCUCAUCGAAACAAAGUAAAAUUGCUUCAUGUUGAAAAUGUUGCAUUUUUAUUGUUUUUAUUUUUGCCUAUAUAGAGCUUUGAGGUUCCACUUAUCCUAUCUUAACUCCUCUCAGACCCUGGCUCAGGACGUGAUGCAUCCUAGGCAGUCGGAACCUCUCCUGGUCGUGCUCACUCAGGAGGGGAUGAGUGUAGGGGAGAUAGAGGGGGUGAUAGCAGACACUGACUACAGUGGCUUCCCUGUAGUGGUGUCACAGGAGUCUCAGAGACUAGUGGGCUUCGUACUGAGGAGGGACCUGGUCAUAUCUCAAGGUGAGUAUCUCUGUCUGUCUGUUGGAAUCUCUGGUCUCUCUUCUGCUCUGUCUCUCUCUUCUCUGCUAUCUUUCUCUCUGUCUCUCUGUCUCUAUAAUUCCUGGCGUCUCUGUCUAUGUGGUCAAUCUCUGUCUUAUCUCGUGGAUCGUCUCACUCCUUCGGUCUGUUGUGACUUCUUCUCAUCUCUCUGUUGUCUCUCUCUGUUACUCUUCUCGUCUCUCUCUGCUCUCUCUCUCUGUCUACUCUCUGUCUCUCUUUCUGUCUGUUUUCUCUCUCUUCUCUCCUUUUCUCUCUCUUCUGUCUGUCUGUGUCUCUCUGUCUCUGUAUGUGUCUCUCUCUCUGUCUGUCUGUCUCUCACUCUCUCUCUCUGUCUGUCUGGGACUCUCUCUCUCUGUCUCUCUCUCUCUCUGUCUGUCUCUCUCUCUGUCUUCUUCUCUCUCUUGUCUGUCUGUGUAUCUCUGUUUUCUGUAUGUGUCUUAUUCUAUCUCUAUUAUUCGUCUCUCUAUCUCGUCUCUCUGUAUGUCUGUAUCUCUCUUCUCGUCUCUUAUCUCUUCUAUCUUCUAUCUAAUCUCUAAUCUCUCCUCUAUCUCUUAUACUCUACUCUCUCUCUCUCGUCUCUUACCUCUCUCUGUCUCUCUCUCUCUGUCUCUCUCUCUGUCUGUCUCUGUCUGUCUCUCUCUCUUCUCUCUCUCUCUGUCUGUCUGUCUCUCUGUCUCUCUCUGUCUCUGUCUGUCUCUCUCUGUCUCUCUGUCUCUCUGUCUGUCUGUCUCUCACUCUCUCUCUCUGUCUGUCUGUGACUCUCUCUGUCUCUCUCUCUUUCUCUUUCUCUUUCUCUCUCUCUCUCUCUCUCUCUCUCUCUCUCUCUCUCUCUCUCUCUCUCUCUCUCUCUCUCUCUCUCUUUGCAUAGUGUGUUUGCCAAUCAGUGCCACAGGGUGUGUGUGUUUGCCAAUGGACAUGCUUGACAAUAAGGUGUGAGGCAAUGUUAGACUGUGUGCGUCUGACCUGUAUUUGCUAACGUGUGUCUGUUAUUGUGUAAUCUUCAGGUAUGUGUGUCUGAGGCCCAUUACAAAUUACAAGUCUGUGUGUGUUUGCGUAUCACUGUGUGUGUACAAAACAUUAAGAACACCUUCCUAAUAUUGAGAUCAAUUCGUCGGGGCAUGGACUCUACAAGGUGUCGAAAGCGUUCCACAGGGAUGAUGGCCCAUGUUGACUCCAUUGCUUCCCACAGUUGUGUCAAGUUUGAUGGAUGUCCUUUGGGUGGUGGACCAUUCUUGAUACACAAUGGAUACUGUCAGUCUCUCUCUGUCAGUCUCUCUCUGUCAGUCUCUCUGUCUCUCUCUCUCUGUCUGUCUCUCUCUGUCUCUCUCUCUCUUUGCAUAUUGUGUUUGCCAAUCAGUGCCACAGGGUGUGUGUGUUUGCCAAUGGACAUGCUUGACAAUAAGGUGUGAGGCAAUGUUAGACUGUGUGUGUCUGACCUGUAUUUGCUAACGUGUGUCUGUUAUUGUGUAAUCUUCAGGUAUGUGUGUCUGAGGGCCAUUACAAAUUACAAGUCUGUGUGUGUUUGCGUAUCACUGUGUGUGUACAAAACAUUAAGAACACCUUCCUAAUAUUGAGAUCAGCCUCAAUUCGUCAGGGCAUGGACUCUACAAGGUGUCGAAAGCGUUCCACAGGGAUGCUGGCCCAUGUUGACUCCAAUGCUUCCCACAGAUGUGUCAAGUUGGCUGGAUGUCCUUUGGGUGGUUGACCAUUCUUGAUACACAAUGGAUACUGUUUAGCGUGAAAAAUAGCAGCGUUGCAGUUCUUGACACACUCAAACCGGUGAGCCUGGCACCUGCUAUCAAUGGCACACAUACGCAAUCCAUGUCUCAAUUGUCUCAAGGCUUGAAAAUCCUUCUUUAACCUGUCUCCUCCCCUUCAUCUACACUGAUUUGAAGUGGAUUUAACAAGUGACAUCAAUAAGGGAUCAUAGAUUUCAUCUGGAUUCACCUGGUCAGUCUAUGUCAUGGAAAGAGCAGGUGUUCAUAAUGUUUUGUACACUCAGUGCAGCUAUGACUAACUCCUCCCCUGUUUUCUACUUCCCUCCCUCCCUCUUCUCCCCCACUAGACAACGCCCGUAAGCGACAGGAGGGGGUGGUCAGUGCCUCGUUAGUGUUCUUCUUGGAACACGUGACCCAACAGCCCUUCUCUGGCCCCCCUGUCGUCAAACUAAGAGGUAUGAGUAGACAGACGCACAGAGAUGGUACGUUAUCUAUGACGUUAUGUUUUAUAUUUUAUUAUGUUCUAUUCUGUAGGUAUCCUGGACCUUAGUCCGUUCACUGUGACAGACCACACCCCCAUGGCGAUAGCUGUGGACAUCUUCAGGAAGCUGGGGCUCAGACAGUGUCUGGUUACACACAACGGGUGAGCAGGAAAAUAGUGGCUGCUGUAUAGCCUGAUUCUAAAUCCACCCCUAGAGCCUAGGCCCUUUGCAUCUGUGGAGAUCUGAGAGGAUUUGGGGCAAGUUGAAGCUAUUGCCCAAAGUACCAAAUUGCGUACAUAGGGUCUGGAUGGUUUUGAGGGGUUGAGGAAUAGACGACAGGGUAGGAGAGGGGGUUGAGGAAUAGACGACAGGGUAGGGGAGGGGUUCAGGAAUAGACGACAGGGUAGGAGAGGGGUUGAGGAAAAGACGACAGGGUAGGGGAGGGGUUGAGGAAUAGACGACAGGGUAGGGGAGGGGUUGAGGAAAAGACGACAGGGUAGGGGAGGGGGUUGAGGAAUAGACGACAGGGUAGGGAGAGGGGUUGAGGAAAAGACGACAGGGUAGGAGAGGGGGUUGAGGAAAAGACGACAGGGUAGGGGAGGGGUUCAGGAAUAGACGACAGGGUAGGGGAGGGGUUGAGGAAUAGACGACAGGGUAGGGGAGGGGUUCAGGAAUAGACGACAGGGUAGGGGAGGGGUUCAGGAAUAGACGACAGGGUAGGGGAGGGGUUCAGGAAUAGACGACAGGGUAGGAGAGGGGUUGAGGAAUAGACGACAGGGUAGGGGAGGGGUUCAGGAAUAGACGACAGGGUAGGGGAGGGGUUGAGGAAUAGACGACAGGGUGGGUUAGGGAGGGGGGGGUUAGGAAUAGACGACAGGGUAGGGGAGGGGUUCAGGAAUAGACGACAGGGUAGGGAGGGGUUGAGGAAUAGACGACAGGGUAGGGGAGGGGUUGAGGAAUAGACGACAGGGUAGGGGAGGGGUUCAGGAAUAGACGACAGGGUAGGAGAGGGGUUGAGGAAUAGACGACAGGGUAGGAGAGGGGUUGAGGAAUAGACGACAGGGUAGGAGAGGGGGUUGAGGAAUAGACGACAGGGUAGGAGAGGGGUUGAGGAAUAGACGACAGGGUAGGGGAGGGGUUGAGGAAUAGACGACGACAGGGUAGGAGAGGGGGGGUUUGAGGAAUAGACGACAGGGUAGGGAGAGGGGUUGAGGAAUAGACGACAGGGUAGGAGAGGGGGGGUUGAAGGAAUAGACGACAGGGUAGGAGAGGGGUUGAGGAAUAGACGACAGGGUUAGGGAGGGGUUAGGAAUAGACGACAGGGUAGGAGAGGGGUUGAGGAAUAGACGACAGGGUAGGGAAGGGGUUGAGGAAUAGACGACAGGGUAGGAGAGGGGUUGAGGAAUAGACGACAGGGUAGGGGAGGGGUUCAGGAAUAGACGACAGGGUAGGAGAGGGGGUUGAGGAAUAGACGACAGGGUAGGGGAGGGGUUCAGGAAUAGACGACAGGGUAGGAGAGGGGUUGAGGAAUAGACGACAGGGUAGGAGGAGGGGGGUUGAGGAAAGACGACAGGGUAGGAGGAGGGGUUGAGGAAUAGACGACAGGGUAGGGGAGGGUUCAGGAAUAGACGACAGGGUAGGGGAGGGGUUAGGAAUAGACGACAGGGUAGGGAGGGGUUGAGGAAUAGACGACAGGGUAGGGGAGGGGUUAGGAAUAGACGACAGGGUAGGAGAGGGGUUGAGGAAUAGACGACAGGGUAGGGGGGGGGUUCAGGAAUAGACGACAGGGUAGGAGAGGGGUUGAGGAAUAGACGACAGGGUAGGAGAGGGGGUUGAGGAAUAGACGACAGGGUAGGAGGGGGGUUGAGGAAUAGACGACGGGGAGGGGUUCAGGGGAAAGGAAAGUAUGGUUCUCUCAGAACCUCAGAUAAACUGAGUAGAAUGAGUCUCUUUGUCCUUACCUCAUGUAAAUACUAUUGUCUGUUUGUCUGUGUCUCUCAUACAGUCAGGGAAUAGAACAGGCAAAAUUGUGUCCCUGUGUAGGGCGUUCACUCACUGCUCUAGAAUCUAGUGAAAUACGGGUGAAUUCAAGAGGAUGCUACUAAAGGAAUGUGUAAACCUAGUUUUCUUUAGCCUAUGUCAUUAUGAAUCACAUUCAACUAAUCAUUAGAUUGUUCUCUACAAUAUAAUAACCUUAAUAUUAUUGUACUUGACAGUGUUGAUUAAAUAAGAAUGUUAGUUUUUUGUGACCGUUGCUAGUUUAAACCACCUAGCUCUUGGUUCGAUCUCUUCAAUUUUUCGGCGUUCGGUCGUAACAUUUGUAGGUGUUUCCACGGUUUGGAACACUCUAAAUCCACUUGAUACCCUCGUCAUUUUCAUCAUCAGAUCCAUGGCUCUCUAUUCCUCCAACCCCGGUCAAUCAACGGUGAGGGGCCAUUUCUAUGGCCAUUUUUAAAGGGAAAGACUCAGAAAUACACCAUGGAAACUGGAACAGAUUUGUCUUCGGGGAGGGUAGAUAUUGAAAUUCAGUCUGUUAGCUUUGUAAAUUAAUUUAGUUUUGUAUUCCGUGGAUUUAAUUUAGAAAAAGCCCAUGUUAUCACACAGCAACCUGCUGCCAUUAGCUAGCAUGUCAGUUGACGUUAGUCAGAGUUCUUUUGAGCAGCAAUCACUUAAUGACCGUAAUGACAUUCACUCUAAUCAUUCAACUAAAUAGUCUGGAACUUGUCAACCAUAUAUAGUGGAGACAUAAGGUUUGGACGAUUUGUAAAAAAAAAAUGAAAAAAAUGCAAUUCUCUAUUGAAUGAAAUAAUAAUUUUAUGGGUGAACACCCUACCCUGUGUGUCCGUGUGUGUGUGAAGACAUCUUAAUUUCCAGAGAGCUCUUCCAAUUUGCGUGCAUCACUCCACCACAAACCCUCAUACAUAUCCCUCUCCUCUCCUCCCUCCAUCUCAUACAACAUCUGGUCAGAUUAGAGGAGAGGGUGGAGUCUGUCAACAGAACAUAGAACAUCUUCAACACACACCACACCACACCACACACACAUAUAUAUUUCAAGCCAGAGACCUUCCCUGGUGAUGUCAGUGUUUGUUGUGUGGUUGUCUGGUAUGAUGGAUCUUCUUGAUUUGAACACAAAACCAGACCUUUAAAUUGGAUACAACUUUCCCUUCUUUCCUGAACAUUUCUCCCUUUUGUGCAAUUGUAAACCCUCUCUCUCUCUCUCUCUCUCUCUCUCUCUCUCUCUCUCUCUCUCUCUCGCUCUCUCUAUUCUCUCGAUUCUAAAUGGAAGAAUGCUGUAUUGGCAGGAAACUGUAAACAUUGUUGUCAUUGUUAAUUUCUAAUGGUAAACUCUCUCUUCCCCCUCUCUCAGGAGGUUGUUGGGCAUCAUCACUAAGAAAGACAUUCUGAAGCACAUGGCUCAGAUGGCUAACAGAGACCCGGACUCUAUCCUCUUCAACUGA